GCCGUGUGCUGUUUUGGGGAGUCGCGUUGUCCACUCUGCUCGACGAUAAGAGGGGCGAAUAUCUUAAAAGAAAGGAUGCCUCUGCCCCCCGCCCUGCUGGCCCGCCUGGCCAAGAGAGGGAUUGUGAAACCUUCAGAGCAAGAGGUAGAUGAGGAGAUUAUAGCAGAAGAUUACGAUGACAACAACGUAGAUUAUGAAUCUACCAGACUGGAAAAUCUUCCACCAAACUGGUAUAAAGUCUUUGAUCCUGCCUGUGGUCUUCCCUAUUACUGGAAUGUGGAGACAGAUUUAGUGGCCUGGCUCUCCCCAAACGAUCCAUCAGCGGUGGUCACAAAACCAGCCAAGAAAAUGAGAGAGGGAGGUGAUGAAAGAACCGAGAGGCCAUUUGAAAAGCCAGACAGAGAAAGAGACAGAGAUCGAGACAGAGAUCGGGAUCGGGACAGAGACAGAGAACGUGACAGAGAUCGAGAAAGAGAUCGGGACAGGGAUCGAGACAGAGACAGAGAUAGAGACAGAGAUGACGGGAGGGACAGAGACAGAAGAAAGAGGAGAGAUGACGUGGCACCAUACGGCAAGAGCAAAAGAGGUAGAAAAGACGAUGAGAUGGACCCCAUGGAUCCAAGUGCUUAUUCUGAUGCUCCAAGGGGCUCGUGGUCAAGUGGCCUGCCCAAGCGUAAUGAAGCAAAAACAGGUGCAGACACCACAGCAGCAGGGCCGCUGUUCCAGCAGCGACCAUACCCGAGUCCAGGUGCUGUGCUCCGGGCUAACGCAGCUAACCAAAUACCCAAGGAGUGAGCGUUGCUUCUAGGAAACCCAUGAAAAAAAACAUGCAUCUGUACAGUUUGUUUCUCUCUGCUCACGUGCUUAACUGUCAGCUACAGAAUGACUUUUAAGUUUUCAUUUAAAUUGAGUUUAUACCAUGAAGGCAUUCAUUCAGCUCAGUCAUUCAGCUCAAACAUGUAGGACAGGUGUAAAUAUGUUUUUAUAUGACUGAAAGAUUGACAUUUGUGUUGCUAUUAAGACCAUUAAUGGACAUUGUUUGCUAUUAAAUUCAAAGACUACUGUAAAAAUGUCUCAUUUUCUGUUAUGUGGUGGUACAAAUGACAUCUGUACAAAUAAAAUUCUGUACAAUUUUU